AUGCAGUUCUCGGCCACCACCCUCCUCUUCCUCGCCACCGUCACCUCUGCCGCGAGCAUCUCCCCGCGCACCGGAGGCUACACCACCACGGCGACGUUGACGCCCUACCUCGCCCCGCUCUGCGACGUGUCCAACCUGGUCACACAGGCGCUCUGCAACUUUGCACCCAUCAGCCUGACGGCGGGCAGCUGUGUCGCGGUGACCCAGCCCUGCGCAAUCCACCCGCCCACUUCCUUCAGGGCCAAGCUCGACCAGCCCGCGUCGGGAUGCUACGUCACCGUCUUUCCCAACCCUGACUGCACGGGCGACCAGGUCGCCACAGCCCAGCUGACCACGGACAACACCCUUUGCAACGAGUCGCCGUACCUCACCAAGCUCCUGUCUGGAGGCGUCUUGUCGAGCGCCAGCCUGCUGCCUUUUGGUUUCAAGAGUGCCAAGUUGGUUUGCAACUAA